AUGUUGCCUUCUCAACAUAAAAAAGAGACUGACCCAUUCCCGGAUUACAAACCCACCCAGCAUGAUGAUGCUAAUAAGGACGUGAUUGGUGAUGCCUACCCAAUGGAACCACUUGUUUUGGGAGAGUCAGUUGCUACCAUGGGAUCUACGCACACCUACCGUACCAUGAACCUUGACGCAUACAAACAAGAGAUCGUCGGGAUGGAGCCUAGUUACCUUGCCGAUUGGAAAGGGAGCAAAUGGCGGGAACCUUCAACUCCUAUGCCUUCUCAGGAGUCGUAUUGUUCAACGUCAGUCAGCAACUCGGAGGCGCCAGGGAACUAUGCAAAUUACCCACGGCACGUACAUUAUAAUCCGCAUGAUACUUAUCCUUCGGAGCACCCUUACGCAACCCCGGACAAAUAUAAGCACCAAGGUAUCUAUGCUCAUCACGAUCAUUGCGCAGGACCGAGUAUGCCGUCUCCUUAUUGCGAGGUUAACAAUGGUUUCGACAACAGCACCUACCACAUGAACUCGUACAAUCCCAUGGUGAAAGAUGUGAACAGCUUGGACACCUACGCUCAUUCGAUGUCAAGUAGUUUCGAUACAAUGGAUCGUAUUCAUGGUUUCGGUUCAGGCGCGAAUACCGUAUGUGGUAGCUACGACAUGCCGUCUAUGCAUUGCUCGGCCACAGAUGCACCUAUGCCGGAUAUGCCAAGCACCGGCUCAGGUAAACGACAUUACAUGAUGCAGAUGAACGCAUGUCUUGCGCGAAAGGAAACGAUGCAUCCACCGAAAUCUGAAUAUAUGUCCAUGCUAACGCAACAGUACCUGGGACCAUCUCAGAUGGACGUCUCGCAUAAUAUUGGAAAAGUGAGCACUGAUGAGCUGGCUACGUUCACAAGCCAUUUUGAGGACCUAUGUAAACCCAUAAAACGCAGGGUAGGUUCCUACCACCGAAUGGAGAAAGCUGCGUAUGUGGCUGCUAGACAAUGCUCGCACGGUCCCAUGAUGAAGACCGGAGAGGAUUCUAGUGCAAUAGGCGGCACAUCUAGCCCUAAGAGAUGUUUGUAUGAGUCUGGAGGGAAGGUCAAUGGCCCCCCUCAGGUUUGCGGCCACGGCAAGUGCAACCAGGGUUAUGUGUGUGAUCCUGGUUAUGUUAACGGUCACGAUAAUGCAACAAGUACACCGACUACACGAGCGCUACAGAUGGCCAGAGGUGCCCAUAGCAUGGGUGAUAUGGGUGCUGAGAUGACUACGUACCAGAGUGACCCCUACCACGGUGAGAAUAUGGAAACGUUGAAGCCAGGUUCUAUGGACUCCAGCAUUGUCUACAAUGCUCCUCCCAUGACAGAAAUGCCCCGAAGGCCGCCGUUCGACUCUAGCAUGAUGGCUUGUUAUCAGCAGGGUAUCUUGGAUCCUUCCGUAGAUAUGCCAGUUAUGCCACCCGGUAACACUUCGCAUGUAGAAGGAGGGGAAAGCCAUGUUGCUCCUGAUCCAUCUCCAGUUGAAACCCAUGGUGAUGAGUAUUCUAAUUCGUUUGUCGAGAAACCAAUGCCUGCCUAUCAAAGCGGUAGCACUGCCAAUGUGGCUCCAGAGGAAUACCGUCACGGUGCUGUUGAUGGUCUAUAUAACUUCAAAGGUGUAAUGGACACAUUCAGAGAUGAGGAGAAUUCUAUGACAUAUGUGGAUCCUGCUACCUUGCGUCAGUCGUUUGAGGGUAACCGAUACAUCGAGGACUUGGGAAGUCAGUAUGACCUUACACGCAACGAAGCUCCUGCCGAAGAAGCUUUUGUAUACCUACGUACGAAUGCCAUUGGCGAAUUCGGCAGUGUAGGAUUGCAAAAGCAAAAGGUUGUUGCGGCGUCCAUUGCUACUAGCAGCGAGUUGAACGAGUUAUUGAUCACCUGUAACAGUGAACCUUCGAGCUACCAGCCAACUAUUACAUGGGAUGAGGCUCAACAGGCCCACAUCGUUACUUGGUGGGCCAGUGAUGAUAAAGGUUUAAGGAACAAGAAGACCCGCGCUUUUGCUGACACUGGAUACGGCAAGUCUGCGGCGUAUGAGGAAGCUGCUCGUUUUGCGAUGUCUCCUGAGACUCAAAUAAGGCCAGGUUCUCUCAUCCGUUGGUAUCCAGGUUUCAAUAUUCCCAUAGGUACUAGUGGCCGUACUAAUUUACGGAAGGUGUUACAUAUGGACCGUAUGAAGAAUUCGGAUUUGUGUGACCCUGUGCUUGCAGUUAAUGGUAUGAAAAUUGCUACCAAGAGCACAUUUGGUGACAUGACUAUCGUUGAGCUGUAUAAGGCGGCUUACGUUCUUGGUUUAUGGGAUGUUGCCGCUUACAAUUGUCUAAAAACAUGUAAGCGUCGCGGCUACUCCUAUCGAUGGAUUCACGAGAUGCAGCUUCGUAAUAAGCGUGUAACGCUUGAUUCGCUCAAGUAUUUACGUGACCUCCGUGAGUCGUUAAAUGUGCACCGUCAUUCUAAGCGUGCUGUUCGUGGAUCUGCUAGGAAUCGAGCACGUUAG